UCGUUCCUUGCCCCGCCCUCUUCCCUGUCGGCCAGCAGGUGCGGGACGAACCUUCCCAGGGCGGCGCGGGGGGGCCCUGCUGCAGUGCGGGGCCCGCCAGCCUCGGUGAAGGCGGCAUUUUUUUCCUCCUGUGCUUCGUUUUGCUAUGGUUUGUGUUCUCUUGUGCCAACUACAUAUGUUACCACCUGAGGGUGACCUUGGACUACAGCUUUGAGACUUGCAUGGCUUCCUUUCCUUGCCACCAGGAACAGCACAGAUAAGUUGCUAUGCAUCUUAUUCCGCUCUGUCUACCGGAUUUCAUAAGGAUUUAUGUUUGGUUCUUCUUUUCUUUUCCAAGAGCCUGAAGGUCCAUUACUGACUAAGUGUGUUGAUUAGCAGCAAUGUCACGAUAUACAGCAUCAGUCCCAGAGCAAAACAACAACAACCAGGAAAACAAAACUUCAAAUCUCCGAGUCUCAGAAAAAAAGUGUUCAUGGGCUUCUUAUAUGACCAACUCCCCUACUUUGAUUGUAAUGAUUGGCCUUCCUGCCCGGGGUAAGACUUAUAUGUCCAAGAAAUUAACCCGCUACCUCAACUGGAUUGGCGUGCCUACAAAAGUGUUUAAUUUAGGAGUAUAUCGUCGAGAAGCUGUGCAGUCGUACAAGUCCUAUGAUUUUUUCAGGCAUGAUAACAAAGAAGCCAUGAAGAUUCGGAAACAGUGUGCCUUGGUGGCCCUGGAAGAUGUGAAAGCUUAUGUCACGGAGGAGUGUGGGCAGAUAGCUGUGUUCGAUGCGACCAACACCACUCGGGAGAGGAGGGACUUGAUCCUAAAAUUUGCUAAAGAGAAUGCUUAUAAGGUGUUUUUCGUGGAGUCUGUCUGUGAUGAUCCAGAAGUCAUUGCUGCCAAUAUCCUGGAAGUGAAAGUCUCCAGCCCUGAUUACCCAGAGAGAAAUAGAGAGAAUGUGAUGGAUGAUUUCCUGAAGAGGAUAGAAUGCUAUAAAGUCACAUAUCAGCCCCUGGAUCCAGAUAAUUAUGACAAAGACCUUUCCUUCAUUAAAGUGAUCAACGUGGGACAGCGGUUCUUGGUAAACCGUGUCCGGGAUUACAUCCAGAGUAAAAUCGUCUAUUACCUCAUGAAUAUUCACGUCCAGCCGCGUACCAUCUACCUUUGCAGACAUGGGGAGAGCGAGUUUAACCUAGUUGGCAAAAUCGGUGGGGAUUCUGGCCUGUCACCGCGUGGGAAGCAGUUCGCUCAUGCCCUCAAAAAAUUCAUUGCCGAGCAGGAUAUUGUGGAUUUGAAGGUUUGGACAAGCCAGCUGAAGAGAACCAUCCAGACAGCUGAGUCCUUGGGGGUUCCAUAUGAGCAGUGGAAGAUUCUGAAUGAGAUUGAUGCUGGGGUGUGCGAAGAGAUGACAUACAAAGAAAUUGAAACUCAGUACCCGGAUGAGUUUGCGCUGCGGGAUCAAGACAAAUACCUGUAUCGCUAUCCUGGAGGAGAGUCGUACCAAGACUUGGUCCAGCGCCUGGAGGCUGUGAUUAUGGAACUAGAGCGGCAGGGUAAUGUCCUGGUCAUUGCUCACCAGGCCGUUAUGCGGUGCCUGUUGGCCUACUUCCUGGACAAGAGCGCAGACGAGUUGCCAUAUCUCAAGUGCCCCCUUCACACCAUAUUCAAGCUCACACCUGUUGCUUAUGGGUGUAAAGUGGAAACAAUCACAUCGAAUAUUGAAGCAGUGGAUACUCACCGAGACAAGCCUUCUCGGAGUAACAACAAUCUUCCAAAGAGCCCAACCCCCGUAAGGAUGAGAAGAAACAGCUUUACGCCUCUGGCCAGUCCGGACACAAUAAAACGCACACGAAAUUACAGUGUUGGGAGCAGGCCUCUCAAACCGCUGGGGUCUCUGCUAUUCCCAGAGGCUCGAGAUGGGACUGAUCAGCAGAAGCGACAAGUCGGUGUCCAAGUGCUUCAAAUGGGAAAUGCUUGCUUGGAACCAGCCAACAAGAUCACCUAUGAGUCCUUGGUUUCUGUCUCAGCUACCAAAUGAGGCAGUGGAGUGUGAAGUCUUUACUACCCCACUGUACAGAAUGCCUGGAAAAUGACCUAUGCUGCUUCCCUUUGUGCCCGUGUUGCUUAGAUCCAACUCUGCUGGUCACGAAGCCCUUUCUUGUCUUGGCUUUAAAUGCUUGUGUGAAUCUCACUGGCAAAUGUCGAUGCACCUAUUUCUUGAUGUACUUGAUGUUUCAUCUUGUACCUUGCCUGUGAAAUUGACUUGCACAACUUUGAUGUUGCAUUUUAUUUACCUUAGUUGUCAAACUGAGUUUAUAAUGUGAGAUUUGGUUUUAUUUAAUGUCAUUGUGGUUCUUGGUAGUAGACGUCUCUUCAGGUUUUGUGUGUGUUUAAUGUCCCCUCAGCAUUUUUACUUUCUCCUCUGUGAAGUGGACUCUUUUCCCUCUUUACAUUUGUGGCACCUCCAUUUAAAUGCCUGUGGUAGUCCUCAUUUGCCAGUUAUUGAAUAGUUUUUGCCUAGAGUGCUUUACACACUGUGGCUGCCUACUGCCGUAUGGAAAUGGAAUGCAAUGUGAUUUAUGUCCAGUUUUUUUUUUACUGUGCCCGGAAUGCACUUCUGAUAUGCAACAGUGUUUCUGUGGCUAUGCUGACAAAGCAAAUUUGCCUUAAGGGAGUAUUUGCAAAAGAAGCUGAAAAAUGUUAACUUUUUGAUGGCUUGUUCUAAAGCAAUGUCUCCUGGGUAACUAUCUUGGCAGCCAGAGGAAUGUUUUAGAAUUGGGGUCUGGGGGUCAGAAGUUAUGGAUUCCAUUCCGUGGUGUCCACAUUGACUAACAUUUUUGGUUUUAGCAAGUCAUGUGAUCUCCCUCUAUGUUGGUUUCCUCUCUGGAAACGUCCCACCCCGCGUAUAAGGCUCUUUGAAAUUAUCCAGUGGAAGGUGCUGGAUAAACACCAUUGUCAGGGGCUUUCAGGGAGACCGUUUUAACUAUUGAUUUUAAAUUAGAGAACUGAUCUUGAAACAGCUUUUAAAAAACUGAUUUCCAAUACUUUUUAAUGGAGAUCCUCUCAAACUUGGAGGGGGGAGGGCAUGUCAAACUUUCAAGAUCAUAAUGAGGGUCAGUUAUUCUCUUUUUAACUUUUUAAAAGCACGUUUUUUUAGUUUUUGUUUUAUUUUAUUUCAUGGAUCCAGGGACCAGGAACUACCCCAGGCAGAGAAGUGCUCAGGAAUUGUCUCCACUCUUCCAGGCUCUUCCUCUUGAGUAUUCCAAUCAUACUAUGAGCCUAAUGCUCUCCAGCACACCAGGGGACAGCCAAGACAAAAUUUAGCUAUAUAGAAAUUCAUGUUUGCAAUUCAUGAGAGUUGCAGACAAAUCCUUGUUACUGAUAACAUGCUGCUCUGAAGAAUAUUUAUCCUGUGGCCUUCUCCAUUUUAUAGGCAAUGCACUUUUCUUUCCGUUUCAUUGGCAGGAAAAAAAUAGGAGGAAGAAAUACAUUCCCCUUCUCCCCCCCUCCCCGUGAAACAAAGGUUAGAUGUUUUGUCCUAUUUGACAGUUUAUUGUAGAGCUGUGCUAAAAUUGCUUUUUAAAUUGUCAUUUGCUAAGCUGCCUUAACUGACGGUUUGUAUGUGGGAGUUGUGUGGCCAAUUGUGUGUUCUCGUUUUGUAGAACUGUGUUCUGUGGAUGGAAAGGAAAAUGGUUGCUGGUUCGAUUAUUUUCUGGACAUUGAACAUAAAUUGUAAGAGUGGAAAAAUAGUGUUUCACAAAAGGGACUCCAUUCAUAUGCCAUUCUCAGAGACAGUACCAAACAAAAUGGACUGCUUUGUCAGAUUUAGGUCUUGCUGCUUUCAGAUCACACUUCAACACCUGUUUCAAGCAGGGGGUGUUGUACAGGGUAUUGAAUGAAGAUGAGCAAAAUUUCCGUCCAGAAUUGAACAACUUCAUUUGAAUGUCUACAUGCCUUUACUGGCAUGAUCAGCCCUUAUAGUUACUACAUAGUGAUCUGUCCAGGAGCUGUUUGUUACUCAUCCUCUAGCAAGAGGAGUUUGAAUUGCACUUUGUAAUUCAAUUGAUUCUCUUUAGCACUUUUACUGUGAUUGCAUAACCUCCCUGUUUGUAACCAGCAUUUUAUAGGCCUGCAUUCCUUAGGAUAAAUGACUAUGUUAUGGAUUUCAGGGAACGUGCCUUCUUUUGUCUUUUACUUUCUCUAACUUAACAAAGAUUUUAAAUAACAGAUACCAGAAAAGAUGUAUUUAAAUGAUGAAGUACUGUAGUGACUGUUUAACCAAAGCUGCAAUGACGCACAAAAUGUCAAUGGUUGUUGUUAUAUACUGAGUUAAUAUUUUGGGUAUUGUCAGAAAAGUUAUUGUGCAGAAAUAGCACCUUCUUAGGCCAGCUCUCCACUUGCCGGAGGAUCGACACUCUGAUGAUCGAUCUUCUGGGAUUCAAUUUAGUGGGUCUAGUAAGACCCAGUAAAUCAAACACUGAGGUCGCCCCUGUCGGCACCAGUACUCCUCACUGUCAUGAGAAAUAAAGGAAGCCGAUGAGAGUAUUUCUCCUGUUUAACCUCUCACUGUCGGGCAACCUCAAAAAUUGGUGCAAGGUUGUUGACUCAAUCCAUGCAAUUUACAUAGCUGGAGUUGUGUAUCUUGCAUCAAUUUUCUCCACCAGUGUAGAUCUGGCCUUAGUUAGCUCCCGAUGUGUAUCUAAGUCCCUCCCAUCUGUUGACUUAACUGACACCAACACAUCUGCAUGGGAGAGCGAAGUAGAUUUUAUUCUGCUCCCCUACCCCUCGCUGAGGGGCUGGUCCAGUUCCCGCUAAAGUUGGUGAGAGUUUUUCUAUGACCCGUCCAAAGGAGCAAGUCCCAGUAGAAUGGUCGGACUAAGGUCCAAUUGCAGAGGCCGUAUUGCUGGAGAUGAGAUAAGAGACAGGAGGGUCCCAGCUAGGACUCCCAAAUGGGAGCUUGUGUCACUGGCAAUUCUGUAAAAUCAUCUUUUUCGCUUGUAAAUUGGGCAAAUAAGAUUUCUAAACAAGAAGGGUGAAAUUCACUCCUGGACUGAGGAACAAAGCCUGCCUGCCACUUAUGCCUUGACUUUGCACAGAAAUGAAUUGUCCUUCUCCCCCUCCCCCCCCCCCCCCCCCCCCCCCCCCCGAGGAAAUAAAUCUGCAUCUUCCCCCCACAUAAUGUCAUCUUAGCAACAUUAUUUUCUAACCAUAAUUGCACUUUAAGCUUGAGUCUCUGUAUGAAUAAGAUGAUGGAGAGGGGGUGGCAUUUAGUCCAGCACUUCAUGGAAUUCAGUCUCUUUUUUUUUUUCUAGUGGCUUUGUUUUGCACUAAUCCCCGUUGUGAAUGUGUUGCUAUAGACACAUUCUUUAUAGACUCCUAGCGUCUUAUAUUGGCAUGGAUGUAUUAAAAAAAAUUGCUUGGUUUUUUUUUCUGUUUAGGGUUCUUUUGGGUGGGGGAGGUUUUUUUUUUAAUCAGAUGUAAUUUUUUUUCUAAGUCACAUGUGGAAAAUAUGUUGUGUCCAUUGAUUUUUUUUUCUGAAUGUUUCGAUUUUUCAUCAUUGAAUCAAUGACUUAGUUUGCUUCUCUUGACUGCAAAGCACAGAUGAUGAUACUAUAAGAAAAAUGGCACAGACUGAUUUACAAGAGUAGAUCGCAAUCUUCAGAAGUGCCCUUUAUUUCUGAAGGGCGGGUGCUCAACAAUUUUGGUAAUUCAGGCCCCUUUUAGGUGACACAUGUUGGGUGCCUAAAUACAUGAGUCGCUUUUAAAAAUCUUGGCCAUCAUGAAUUUCAGUUUAUAUAACUGUAUCUCUGUAAAGUGACAGCUAGUUUUGCUCACAUGAAUGCAUUCUCUGUAUGAAAUGCGUCAGAACAUCAUUCGCACAUUUCCUGUACAGAAGGAGCAUACUUGUAAAAUCAGCAGAGCAUUUCAUGUGGUUAAUUUUUCUUUUUUAAAUAUGAGCUUGCAAAAUAGAUAUUGUAAUGAUGUUUCUGAACAUUUGUGUUGGAAGUGUAAACUUUCUUGUGGAUCAGAUAAAUAAAAUUAAGUAACUUUGA